CCCGCUGGGAAAGCGCGUCCCUGCCGCGGCUCUGCCAGUUUGAACUUGGUGGGCCAGAUGUGGGCGGCGGGGCGCUGGGGGCCUACUUUUCCCUCUUGCUACGCCGGUUUCUCUGUCGACUGGAGACCCAGGUCUCGGCCCUCCUCGGGCUCCUUCUCUGUCCCUAUGACGGGCGCACGUGGGCAGGGGCUGGAGGUGGUGCGCUCGCCGUCGCCGCCGCUGCCGCUGAGCUGCAGCAAUUCCACCAGGUCGCUGUUGUCUCCCCUUGGCCACCAGAGCUUCCAGUUUGACGAGGACGACGGUGACGGGGAGGAUGAGGAAGACGUGGAUGAAGAUGCCCAUGAUUCAGAGGCCAAAGUGGCGAGCCUGAGAGGAAUGGAGUUACAGGGGUGCGCCAGCACUGAGGUUGAAUCAGAAGAUAACGAAGAAGAACAGAAACAGGUGCGCUUACCAGAAAGCCGCCUGACGCCAUGGGAGGUGUGGUUUAUUGGCAAAGAAAAAGAAGAACGUGACCGGCUGCGACAGAAAGCUCUAGAGAAAAGAAAAGAAAGAGAACAAAAAAUUAAUAAAGAAAUGGAGGAAAAAGCAGCAAAGGAACUGGAGAAAGAAUACUUGCAAGAAAAAGCAAAAGAAAAAUAUCAAGAAUGGUUAAAGAAAAAAAAUGCUGAAGAAUGUGAGAGGAAGAAGAAAGAAAAGGAAAAAGAAAAACAACAGCAAGCUGAAAUACAGGAGAAAAAGGAAAUAGCAGAAAAAAAGUUUCAGGAAUGGUUGGAAAAUGCGAAACAUAAACCUCGUCCAGCUGCAAAGAGCUAUGGUUAUGCCAAUGGAAAACUUACAGGUUUUUACAGUGGAAAUUCCUAUCCAGAACCAGCCUUUUGUAAUCCAAUUCCAUGGAAACCAAUUCAUAUGCCACCUCCCAAAGAAACUAAGGUUCUAUCAGGAAGGAAGAGUAAAAGACCUGUGAUUCCAAGGAUAGGUGAUAUGACAGCUUUUGAACAUCAAAGGGACUUUCAGACGCUUGUAUAUAUUGACACAUUACUACAAAGUUACAAAGGAAAUUUCUAAAAUCCUGGUCAUUUGUAAAGAAAAUAUUUAACAUUCCAUGGGAAAAUAUACUUUGAGGUUUGAUGACAAAAAUAGGCCAUCUGUGGCCUCAGAGUAAUACAGAUGGGGCUUCUUAUUUUGAAAAUAAAUUGCUAAUGAUCUAAUUAGCAAUUCAAAGCUUAUUCUUUCAUGGACUUGCUUAUUAUGAUACCUAAGGCCUAGGUGAAUCAAGAAUACAGUAGUUAUGUUACACUAACAAAUUACACUGUGAUUUAAAUGUAAUACCACAAACUAUAAAAAUCUUAGAAGAAAACCUCAGAAACACCAUUCUGGACAUCAACGUUGAGAAAGAAUUUAUGACUAAGUCCUCAAAAACAAUUGCAACAAAAACAAAAAUUGACAGAUGGGACCUAAUUAAACUAAAGAGCUUCUGCACAGCAAAAGAAACUAUCAACAGAGUAAAUAGACAACCUACAGAAUGGGAGAAAAUAUUUGCAAACUGUGCAUCCAACAAAGGUCUAAUAUCCAGAAUCUGUAAGUAACUGAAACAAUUGAACAAGCAAAAAAAAAAAAAAAAAAAAAAAAAAAAUACA